CCGUAGCGGUCGUGGAGUUACAGGCGCCGGUGGUUCGUUGAAACUUCAGGACCAAGACAGGUCUUCACUGAAGGAACUAAAAGAGCCUUUGCUAAAUCAGAACUUUGAGAGAAGAGCUCCAAAAUGCAGCUUGUUGCGCUGUUUUAUGGCACUAUCAUUGCUUUGAUGUUUCGCUGUCGAGGUGUGGCGGGCAGCUCAGAGUGCUCGUGCGGCAGGAACCACUUCACCUGCGCGGUCAGUGCAUUCGGGGAGUGCACCUGCAUCCCGGCACAGUGGCAGUGCGACGGAGACAACGACUGCGGAGACCACAGUGACGAGGAUGGCUGCAUGCUGCCCACCUGUUCCCCCCUGGACUUCCACUGUGACAACGGCAAGUGCAUCCGCCGCUCCUGGGUGUGUGACGGGGACAACGACUGCGAGGACGACUCGGACGAGCAGGACUGCCCUCCCAGGGAGUGUGAGGAGGACGAGUUCCACUGCCAGAACGGCUACUGCGUCCGCAGCCUCUGGCACUGCGACGGGGACAACGACUGUGGGGACAACAGCGACGAGCAGUGCGAUAUGAGGAAGUGCUCGGACAAAGAGUUCCGCUGUGCGGAUGGGAGCUGCGUCGCGGAGCACUGGUACUGCGACGGCGACACGGACUGCAAGGACGGGUCCGACGAGGAACACUGCCCCGCGGAUGUGCUGACGGCCACCUGCAGCGUGGAGGAGUUCCAGUGCGCCUACGGCCGCUGCAUCCUGGACAUCUACCACUGCGACGGGGACGACGACUGCGGGGACUGGUCUGAUGAGUCUGACUGCUCCUCUCACCAGCCCUGCCGUUCGGUGGAGUUCAUGUGCAGCAGCGGCAUGUGCAUCAACGCCGGCUGGAGGUGCGACGGCGAGUCUGACUGCGACGACCAAUCAGAUGAGAAGAACUGCACCUCCUCCAUGUGCACCACUGAUCAGUUCCGCUGCGCUUCAGGCCGCUGCGUGCGGUUGUCAUGGCGAUGUGACGGAGAGGACGACUGCUCGGACGGCAGUGACGAAGACAACUGUGAGAAAACAGACAGCCCGCCCUGUGCCCCGGACCAGUUCCUGUGUGGAAAUGGCCGCUGCAUCGGCCAGAGGAAGGUCUGUAACCAGGUCAGCGAUUGCGGCGAUGGCACCGACGAGCUGCCCCAUCAGGACUGCCGCCCCAGGUCCAGCGAGGGGAACUGCAACACCAACAACGGUGGCUGCUCUCAGAAGUGCCAGAUGGCCCGGGGGCAGGUGCAGUGCACGUGUCACACCGGCUACCGCCUGCAGGAGGACGGGCAGUCCUGCCAAGAUGUGGACGAGUGUGCAGAGGAGGGCUACUGCAGCCAGGGCUGUACCAACACGGAAGGGGGAUUCCAGUGCUGGUGCGUGCAGGGGUACGAGCUGCGGCCGGACAAGCGCAGCUGCAAGGCCCUGGGCCCAGAGCCUGUGUUGCUGUUUGCUAACCGGAUCGAUAUCCGGCAGGUUCUGCCGCACCGGUCUGAGUACACGCUGCUGCUGAAUAACCUGGAGAACGCCAUUGCGCUGGACUUCCACCACAGCCGCAAGCUGGUGUUCUGGUCCGACGUCACACUGGACCGCAUCAUGAAGGCCAACCUGAACGGCAGCAAUGUAGAGGAGGCGGUGUCCACAGGCCUGGAGAGCCCAGGAGGCCUGGCCAUCGACUGGAUCCAUGACAAGCUGUACUGGACGGACUCUGGGACGUCCCGCAUCGAGGUGGCCAACCUGGACGGCACUCACAGGAAGGUGCUGCUGGCCCAGAGCAUGGAGAAGCCCCGCGCCAUCGCCCUGCACCCCAUCGAGGGUAAGAUCUACUGGACGGACUGGGGAAACACACCACGCAUCGAGUAUGCCAACAUGGACGGCUCCGACCGGUGCAUCAUCGCCGACACCCACCUCUUCUGGCCCAACGGGCUGACCAUCGACUACGCCGGCCACCGCAUGUACUGGGUGGACGCCAAGCACCAUGUGAUCGAGCGCGCAGACCUGGACGGGCGAAACAGGAAGGCGGUCAUCAGCCAAGGUCUGCCCCACCCGUUUGCCAUCACCGUGUUCGAGGACAGCUUGUACUGGACCGACUGGCACACCAAGAGCAUCAACAGUGCCAACAAAUUUACCGGCAAGAACCAGGAGGUCAUUCGCAACAAGCUGCACUUCCCCAUGGACAUCCACACGCUCCACCCACAGAGACAGCCUGCAGGUGGUCGAAACCGAUGCGGGAGCAACAACGGGGGUUGCAGUCACCUGUGUCUGCCUAGCAACAAGACCUACACCUGCGCCUGCCCCACCGGCUUCAGGAAGCUGAACAGCUUCACCUGUGCGGAGAGUCUUGACAAGUUCCUGCUUUUUGCCCGAAGGACGGACAUCCGUCGGAUCAGCUUCGACACGGAGGACCGCUCGGACGUCGUCAUCCACUUGGCGGACGUGCGCAACGCCGUGGCACUCGACUGGGACUCCCAGGAUGAGUACAUCUACUGGACGGAUGUGGCAACCGACUCCAUCAACCGUGCCAAGUGGGACGGAUCCAAGCAGGAGGUUGUUGUCGACACCAGUUUGGAAAGUCCCGCUGGACUUGCUCUUGACUGGGUGACCAAAAAGCUGUACUGGACAGAUGCAGGCACAGACCGAAUCGAGGUGUCCAACGCCGAUGGAAGCAUGCGCACCGUGCUGAUCUGGGAGAACCUGGACCGGCCCCGCGACAUCGUGGUGGACCCUAUCGGGGGAUUCAUGUACUGGACAGACUGGGGAGCCAAUCCCAAGAUCGAGAGAGCCGGAAUGGACGCCUCCAACCGCUUCGUCAUCAUCUCAUCCAACCUGACCUGGCCCAACGGGCUGGCCAUCGACUACCAGUCAGAGAGGCUAUACUGGACUGAUGCAGGGAUGAAGACCAUCGAGUACGCCAACUUUGACGGCUCUGAGAGAAAGGUGCUGAUUGGCAGCCAGUUGCCCCACCCCUUUGGCCUGACCCUCUACGAGGACACGAUCUACUGGACAGACUGGCAGUCCAAAAACAUCCAGAGCGCCAACAAGCACACGGGCUUGGGCCGGUCCAUGCUGGCCCAGAAUCUGGAGAACCUGAUGGACAUCCACAUGUUCCACCAGCAGCGCUCUCCAGUGCGGACCCCUUGCGCUGUGAAUAACGGGGGCUGCAGCCACCUCUGCCUGAUGGCCCCCCUCCCCAAAGCCUCCAGCUGUGCCUGUCCCACUGGCAUCAACCUGCAGCUGGAUGGCAAGACCUGCACCCACGGAAUGAGCAGCUUCCUGGUUUUCGCCCGAAGAACGGACAUCCGCAUGGUCUCCCUGGACAUACCAUAUUUCGCAGACGUGGUGCUGGCCGUGAACGGGUCCAUGAAGAACACCAUUGCCAUUGGGGUGGACCCUAAAGAAGGUAAAGUGUACUGGUCCGACAGCACUUUGAACAAAGUGAGCAGAGCCAGUCUUGAUGGCACAGAAUAUGAAGACAUCAUCUCAACGGGGCUGAUGACCACAGACGGUCUGGCGGUUGACGCCGUGGGUCGUAAGAUUUACUGGACCGACACGGGCAUCAACCGCAUUGAGGUGGCAAAUCUGGACGGGUCAAUGAGGAAAGUUCUGAUCUGGCAGAACCUGGACAGCCCAAGGGCCGUCGCACUGUAUCACGAAAUGGGGUACAUGUACUGGACUGACUGGGGUGAGCACGCCAAACUGGAACGGUCCGGUAUGGACGGGUCAGAGCGCACCGUCCUCAUCAGCAGCAACCUGGGCUGGCCCAACGGGCUGGCCAUCGACAAGGCGGGGUCUCAGCUGCUUUGGGCCGAUGCCCACACUGAGCGCAUCGAGGCGGCGGACCUGAACGGCUCAAACCGGCGGACGCUGGUGUCUCCGGUGCAGCACCCUUACGGCCUGACCCUGCUCGGGCCGCACAUCUACUGGACCGACUGGCAGAGCCGCAGCAUCCAGAGGGCCGACAAAACCACCGGCACCAACGGCAUCACCGUCAGGGGCAACCUGCCCGGGCUGAUGGACAUACAGGCCGUGGACAGGGAGAGGCCUCUCGGCUUCAACAGGUGCGGGCAGAGAAACGGGGGGUGCAGUCACCUGUGCCUGCCCAACCCCAACGGGAUGUCCUGCGCCUGCCCCACGGGCAUCCUCCUGAAGGCGGACGGGCGCACCUGUGAGGACAGUCCCGAGACCUACCUGCUCUUCUCCAACCGCGUCAGCAUCCGCCGCAUCUCCAUGGACACGGCGGACCACACGGACGUGCACGUGCCUGUGCCCGAGCUGCACAACGUCAUCUCGCUCGACUACGACAGCGUGGAGGGGAAGGUGUACUACACCGACGUGUCCAUCGACGUCAUCCGGCGGGCCAACCUGGAUGGCAGCAGCAUGGAGACGGUCAUCGGGGAGGGCCUGAGCACCACAGACGGGCUGGCGGUGGACUGGGUGGCCCGGAACAUGUACUGGACGGACACGGGCCGCAACACCAUCGAGGUGGCGCACCUGGACGGCUCCUCCCGCAAGGUGCUGAUCAACGACAGCCUGGAUGAGCCACGGGCCAUCGCUGUGUUCCCCAGCAAAGGCUACCUCUUUUGGACGGAUUGGGGUAACAUCGCCAAGAUAGAGAGGGCGCACCUGGAUGGCUCCGAUCGCAGGAUCCUGAUAAACACGGACCUGGGCUGGCCGAAUGGACUGACCCUGGACUACGACACGCGCAGAAUAUUCUGGGUGGACGCCCAUCUCGAUCGGAUCGAGAGCUCGGACUUGAACGGAAAACUCCGUCAAAUCUUGGUCAGCCCGGUCUCCCACCCAUUCGCCCUCACCCAGUUGAAGCCGGUGUCCGCUGCACUAACCCCUCUCUUCCACCUCUCGCAGCAAGACCGCUGGAUAUACUGGACGGACUGGCAGACCAAGUCCAUCCAGCGCGUAGAUAAGCACACGGGCCGCAGCAAGGAGACUGUGCUGGCUAAUGUUGAGGGAUUAAUGGACAUCAUAGUGGUGUCGCCGCAGCGACAGAGCGGCACCAACCACUGUGGCGUCAAUAGGGGGGGCUGCACCCACCUCUGCCUCGCCAAGGCCAACGGCUUCAUCUGUGCCUGCCCGGAUCAGCCAGACAGUAGACCUUGUUCCACCGUCUCGGGAUAUGUACCGCCGUCAUCGGAAAGGACUACAAGCGCCCCGUCACCCAACAAAAUCCCUGAGCCAGUAACUGGCAGACCCCGCUCUGGCUCCCCGGUGGUUAACUGCACAGACAGGAACUUGAGUGGGGAAGGUUGCAUACAGAACAAUGUCAUAACAGCCUCACAUGGGGAAGGCCUUCACAUCAGCUACAUCAUCGGAGGAGCUCUGUCUGUCCUCGCCAUCCUCAUCCUCAUCACUGCCUUCAUCAUAUACAGACACAAAAAGUCUAAAUUUGCGGACCCAGGAGUGAGUAACCUGACCUACAGCAACCCAUCAUACCGCACAUCAACUCAAGAGGUCAAAAUAGAAACUGCACAAAACCCGCUUAUUUAUAACCAAAUACGAUACAAGAAAGAGCUGGGCAGUGACAGCAGCUACAUGAAGGAGAAGAUUAAGAUCGUGGAGGGGCUCUGCCUGCUGUCGGGCGAGGAGCGGUACUGGGACGACCUGCAGCAGCUCCGGCCGUCUCGGGCCGGGCUGCCCGUGUGCAUGCGGACGGACACGGUGUCGCUGCAGGCCAGCAGCGUCUCUCUGGACGACGGCGAGACGGAGCAGCUGCUGCAGGAGGAGCGGUCUGAGUGCUCCAGCAUCAACACUGGCCCCGCAGCCACGCCCGAACGCCACACCGCCCUGCCCGACACCGGCUGGGCCCCGCCCCGCAAGCCGUCCACCGAGAGCCAGGUCUGAGAGCCCUGCCCCACGCCACCUCUGCCUCCGUCUCCCCUGCCCUCAACCACCGAGAGCCAGGUCUGAGAGCCCUCCUCCCGCCCCCACACCGCUCCUGCCUCCGUCCUCCAUCUCCCCUGCCCUCAACCACCGAGAGCCAGGUCUGAGAGCCCUCCUCCCGCCCCCACACCGCUCCUGCCUCCGUCCUCCAUCUCCCCUGCCCUCAACCACCGAGAGCCAGGUCUGAGAGCCCUCCUCCCGCCCCCACACCGCUCCUGCCUCCGUCCUCCAUCCCCCCUGCCCUCAACCACCGAGAACCAGGUCUGAGAGCCCUCCUCCCGCCCCCACACCGCUCCUGCCUCCGUCCUCCAUCCCCCCUGCCCCCUGCCAGAGUGACUCAUUGCUGCCCCCUCAGGCCAAAAGAUGUACAUGUUGAUAAAGAACCUCCUGGAGGAAGGAAGGGGGGGGGGGGGGGGGGAAACGUUAACGAGAACACUUCAAGGAAGAACAAAAAAAGUCUAAAGGACAUAUCUGAACUUUUUAAAAUGUGUAUCUUAUCUGACUGCCUUUUCUUUAAUAUCACAAUGGUUUUUUUUUUAUGUUCUGGGACUGAAUAACAAAAUGGUCUCUACGGCCACUCAUGUUAUCGUGGACUAUUUAUUUACGGUGUGUAUUUUUUGAGUGGUUUGUUGAUAUAAGGAAAGUGGUGAUAAAAUAAUGGAACAAAACAAUUUGGUCAUUCUAAAAAAGCAGUUAAAAAAGACUAUCUGUAUUUAUGUUGGUGCCAAAGGGCAGGGCAGUUUGGUCAUUUAUCACUUCCUGUGACUGUUUACAGUGAACUCAUGGUGUGCUACACCACACGGAUAGACUGCUCUACUGAGAAAUCAUAAACGUGUUUUCAUUUCAUUUCAUUUUUUUCUCUUCAUCUAAAACAUGGAAUAUAUAGAACUUUACACAGGCUCAAACAAUCUCCAUUUACCACUUGUUCAUGUAACACAAAAGUAAAGAAAACAAAACAUUUUAUAAAAAAAGAUUAAACUGUAAUGUUUUUGUUUUUAUGGGAGAAAAGCAGGCUUGAUGAAGUAAAAAUCCCAAAUUCUUGGUUUUAUUUAUGUUUGUCAAAAGUUUUAAAUAUGGCGUAUGGCAUUUAUGACAUUGUUUGCAAACUGAAUCUCGACACCACUGCAUCUGUAGAGCACUGUGCACGUACAGGAUGUCUUUCUAGUUUAGGAAUGAUUUGGUUUCAAAGUGUAGCCUCUGUCAUACCAUGUGGAAUAACCAUACAAAAGUUUAGAAUCCAUAAAAUCAUAUAUCAGCUUUACUCCAAAAGAGAUGAACUGGACAAGUUAAAUUGUUCUUCUGAAGAAACCGGGUUUACAUAACAAAUGGGGUGAGGAACACCACCGACAUGGUUAGCUGUAAGAUGUAUAGACAUCUAUAAAAUAUACCACUAACCAUUUUAGUGAUGUUAAUUACUAAAGAACAAAAAAAAAAAAAAAAAAACAUUCUUGACUUUUGGAUUUGCUGUUGAUUUAUAUUGUUUUUGUUUGUUUGUUUUUUUUGUCGAACACUUGGAGCAUUUUCAUGAAUGAUUAUGAGUUCAGUACCAGUCAGUUUGAAGUAACUUCAACACGUUCAGCGAUGUGCUGAUUUGCUGCUAAAGUAGCACUGAGGCCUGUAGCUGAUGGCCUUGGCAGCUAGUUAACCUAAGGUCUAUGUGAGUGUGCUCACAAACUCACAGUUACACUAAAAGCUUACAUUUUCAACUACAUUAACAAAAACCCAUUUGCUUUUUAUUCUCAGUUUAACGGUUGUGUGUACAUAAUUUGCUCUAUUAAAAAAUUUAAUUGUUGCAAAUAUCUUCUGAUUUUUAUUGUAAAAAGUGUCUUUUGUACAAAGAGAUUUCUUGAUUGUUUUGACUUAAUUGUACCACUGGAAAAAAAAAUGUUGCUGGAUUUAUUUAACCGCUGUGUUUGUUUCAAAUCAUGUAAAUGAUAGGAUUGAUGCCAGUUAUUUAAGUGCUCUUUUAAGUUACACAAUUUUCGUCUCAUAUAACGGUUGUAAAGUUAACUAAAAAUGAUAUUUAUAAUUUCUGCCUUGGUUGUCUUUCAAUGUGUACAUAUAAAUAGACCCAAUAUGUAAUUCCCCUUUGCAAUACUAACAAGCUGUGUUGUCAGAUAUAGUGAGAGUGCCCCUUUGCUAUCUUGUAAUAUAAAACUGUAUUUGCAUUGAAACGCA